GAUAAGUCUACCUUUAUAGUCCACGCAUCUAAUGAUCACGUGACCAUUUGACCCAUGCCGUGGGUCACCUAAGUCAACAAAACUGUAAUGCAAGGACAUUCUUAAUCGUGAAAAUCUCCGGAUACCUGAGAUUCAGCAUUAAUCAAUUUGCACUUACUUAACUUCAAUUAAGUACUAAUUACUAUUUUUUAUUCAUGUGAAUUUGUUGUUCGUAAUCUCACCUUAUUUCCGGAUCCUUGGAUGUUAAACAGAAAAAACAAGAUCGGAACUUCCUCCAUCAUCCGCACGAUCCUAAAACGGGAGUGGGUUGUUUUUAUGUCGUUUAGUUUAUAAAUGUGAUGUACUGGGAUGCUUGUUUUCUUCUUGUUUAGUCUGAGCAUCCAGGCCGGAGUGUUUAAGGAAGAUGGCUUGUCGAAAGGUGGACAACCCGUGGGGACUGAUGAUUAUAGCCUCGGCUUUCUGGAUACAGUUUAUCGCCUUUGGUGUGGCUCUCUCCUUUGGAGUCUACAUUGUGGAACUUCUACGUCAUUUUGAUGUCAGUUUGCCAUUUAUAUCACUCAUCGGUUCCAUAAACAUAGGACUUUUUCUGGGUGCAGGUCCUCUGGCCAGUAUUAUGAUGAGGAUGAUGUCAUACCGCAAAGUGUGUCUAUUGGGGGCCCUACUGAGCAGCACUGGGCUUAUUGCCCUACCAUUUACAAUGAACAUGAUUUAUCUCCUCUUUUUCUACGGAAUUCUGACAGGUAUUGGUUACUGUUUAUUGUACGUCCCCUCUUACACAAUGUCUGGUCUGUACUACGACAAACACAGGAGCCUGGCGACAGGGGUGGCGACAUCAGGGUCGGGACUUGGGGGGGUCGUCUUCCCCAAUCUUGUCCAGUACCUCAUUGACGAGUUCGGAUGGAGAGGUUCGUUACUGAUAGUGGCUGGGAUCAACUUGAACACUUUCAUUUUCGCAGCUCUUCUUCGAGAAUCUCCAGUGCAAAGACAACAAAAGGCGAAAGAGAAAACGAUAGAAAUGAAGGCGAUUAAAAGAAACGAUUCUAGUCAGAUUGAGAGGGAAAGCCUUCUGAUGGAGGCAAGCACUUCCGAUUCGUCUCCGCAGUCGGUAAAACCUACAGGACACGAGAUGAACGAGAUACAGAAAAAACGGGAAACUAAUGGUAUAGCGAUGGAUGAUUUAGAAAACGAAAAUCUUCUCACCAACGAAUCCUCCGACGAAAAUACGAAUUCUAAUUCAAUUCUAGUGGUUUUGUUAACUUUGUGUCGUAAUGUGCCAUUUUGUAUCUUUGUUGUCAAUAGCAUUCUUUGGAAUUUUGGAGCAGUUAUUGCAGUUAUUUUAGGUCCGGACUAUUUCACUUCUGUUAACUUUUCUCAGACACAGGCAGCCACUCUUGUUUCACUUAUCUGUGGCGGAUCUUUCGUCGGGUGUCUUCUGGGAGGUGUCAUCGGAAAUAUACCAAAGAUAAAUAGAAUGUACCUGUUUAUUUUUGUUAAUUUAGUUGUAGGAAUCUUAGGACUGUUCAUGCCAUUAGAAUUCACCCACACCAUGUUCGGACUAGGGAUUGUAGGGAUUUUAUGGGGAACGAUGUUGGGUUUAUUAUUAGGACAGCUGGUCGCUGUGACGGCGGAUUUAGUGGGGAUUCAGUAUUUAGGAGACGCCAUGGGGUUCCUGAUGUUGGCCAAUGGCAUUGGUUGUGUCGCCGGUCCUCCAAUAGGAGGUUGGAUUGGAGAAGCAACGAAUUCACCAGCUACCGCAUUUUAUUUUUCUGCUGUCGUCAUUAUAGUGGGAGGACUCCUGGUGUUAUUCAUUCCCUUGUUCGAGAAAUACAAAGGCCAAACAAAAAGUGACAGUGAUUUCUCUGUAGAAGUCACCGUUCCUGAUAAUUGCGUUUAGUGUUAGAUAAAAAGGCACUUAUUUCGUAUACAGGAGACCCCUACUUAUUUUUACCACACACCUUGUGGGAGUGCCCCGUCAACGAAACAAGUGCCUGUGAUUAGAUUUAAGGUUUCGUCAAAGAUCAACAUGUCUAAAAUAUUAUUUUUGCAAUAGCUCCAAAACUAUGUCUGGUAUAAAGUCAAAACGUUUACAGUUUAUAGAUAUAUCAUUGAUUAAUAGCGAGCGCGUAGCGAGCUCAAUAGACUAACGUGUACG